AUGACAGCUCGAGUGUACUGCUCAUUUAGUGCUGUUUUAUUGUGUCUGUCUGCAUGUUUGAGCACAACAGACGCUGGAGUCGUAGCAAAGCCAGGGGAGUGUCCAAGCACAAAGUCUGGAGCAGGAAUGUGUGCCGAGUUGUGUUACUAUGACAGUGACUGUCCGAACAAUGAGAAAUGCUGCAGCAAUGGAUGUGGACAUCAGUGCAUGGCUCCAUAUAUAGCAAAGCCAGGGGAGUGUCCAAGCACAAAGUCUGGAGCAGGAAUGUGUGCCGAGUUGUGUUACUAUGACAGUGACUGUCGGAACAAUGAGAAAUGCUGCAGCAAUGGAUGUGGACAUCAGUGUAUGGCUCCAUAUAUAGCAAAGCCAGGGGAGUGUCCAAGCACAAAGUCUGGAGCAGGAAUGUGUGCCGAGUUGUGUUACUAUGACAGUGACUGUCCGAACAAUGAGAAAUGCUGCAGCAAUGGAUGUGGACAUCAGUGUAUGGCUCCAUAUAUAGUGACGCCUGCAGCCGAACCCACAACAGACGCUGGAGUCGUAGCAAAGCCAGGGGAGUGUCCAAGCACAAAGUCUGGAGCAGGAAUGUGUGCCGAGUUGUGUUACUAUGACAGUGACUGUCCGAACAAUGAGAAAUGCUGCAGCAAUGGAUGUGGACAUCAGUGUAUGGCUCCAUAUAUAGCAAAGCCAGGGGAGUGUCCAAGCACAAAGUCUGGAGCAGGAAUGUGUGCCGAGUUGUGUUACUAUGACAGUGACUGUCCGAACAAUGAGAAAUGCUGCAGCAAUGGAUGUGGACAUCAGUGUAUGGCUCCAUAUAUAGCAAAGCCAGGGGAGUGUCCAAGCUCAAAGUCUGGAGCAGGAAUGUGUGCCGAGUUGUGUUACUAUGACAGUGACUGUCCGAAGAAUGAGAAAUGCUGCAGCAAUGGAUGUGGACAUCAGUGUAUGGCUCCAUAUAUAGACUGGAUUCCGCUAAACGGACUGACUAAAGCGGAUUAUCUGUAUCCAUGCAGUGAAGGCUACAGCCGAACCGCCGACGCCUCCAGCCGAGCUGCCGAAUCCUCCAGUGACGCCUCCAGCCGAACUGCCGAAUCCUCCAGUGACGCCUCCAGAUUGUGA